CCAGUCACUGUCCUCUCUGUCUCUCUCUGUCUCUCUUUCCUCUUCUCCUCUCCUCUGCUCAGAAGUCAGAGCUGUGCUUCCUCUCUGUGAGCGAAACCCAAAUUCUGCAUCCGAUUCCUCCAUCGCCGAGCUCCCAAACCCCCGAAUUUGAACUCGGCAAUGCGCGAUCUCUCUCCCGGCUGCCGUUUGGUGCAGUAGCUCCCGGAGCUCCGCCGGUUGAGCUCCUAACUCAUUGUGCCGGAAUCUUCGAGUAAAAUGCUGGAAGCGAUGGAGAGGUCGGUCAAUGGCGGGCUGUCGACCCUCCACAGCGGUGGCGAGAGCAGCGAGGAGGAGCUCUCCGUGCUGCCGCGUCACACCAAGGUGGUCGUUACCGGAAACAACCGCACCAAAUCGGUGCUCGUCGGCCUCCAGGGCGUGGUGAAGAAGGCCGUCGGCCUCGGAGGGUGGCAUUGGCUGGUCCUAACGAAUGGAAUAGAAGUGAAGCUGCAGCGGAAUGCGCUUAGCGUGAUCGAAGCUCCCACCGGGAACGAGGAAGAUGAUGGCCUUGAUUUGGAGAAUGGGAAAGGAAAUGGGUCAUCUGAUAUGGCUUGCUCGCCAGCAUCAGAAGACACUCAAAAGUUGAAUAGAUCGAGGCAUCAGAUCCACAAAUGGUCUACUUCAUCCCAAAGGACUAUGAGCCGGUCCCUCUCUUGUGAUUCGCAGUCCAAGGGAUCUAUUUGUACUGCUCAUGGAUCCAACAAAAUUGACCUCAGUAAAUUGGAGACUGCCGCUCUAAGGAGAUAUUUGCGGCACUUUAAUCUUGUUGAUGCCAUACCAAACCCAUCAAAAGAACAGCUAAUUAACACCGUGCACAGGCAUUUUAUGUCCCAGCAAAUGGAUGAGCUGCAGGUUAUAGUUGGAUUCGUUCAGGCUGCGAAGAGAAUGAAAACCUCCUGCAGGUUACCCCUAGAUAAAUGACUAUUCUCCUAGUCAUCGACGAUUGCUGACCCGAGAUACCCUUUUCUUAGCAACUUAAUUAUCUGUACGUAUCUAUGCUCCGCAUCGGGUAACUUAUCCUGGACACCGUUUCUUAAUUAGAGUUUUAUUUCGUCUAGGUGUUAUUCUCACCGUUUGGUAGCAUGACGAUGUAGAUAAAUGUGUGCAAACUGCUGACGAGAUACCGAAGAAGAAAUCCGUGCUUCGUGUUUCCUGCUGACUAUGGAAAAUGGGUAUUUGUGUGAAUGUAAAUAUAUAUUGCUCUCAUUGAAUCUUUUACUA